CGCGACGCUCAGGGCGCGGUCGACGCACACUGCGAGUGUACUGUCUGUAUACAACAGCAGGCCGGUCAGGCCGAAGCAACGAAAUGGAUCUGAAAGGAAAAGUGGCGCUCGUUACGGGAGGUGCGACUGGUUACGGCAGGGAGUACUGCAAGGAGCUGUACAGGAACGGUUGUAAGGUGUCAAUUUGUGAUAUAAAUACAGAUGCAGGUGAAGAUUUACUUCAUCAAAUGGGAAAGUCCAGUAAAGAGGUUAUAUUUUGCCCCUGUGAUGUUACCGAUUACCUACAAUUUGAAGAGGCAUUCCAAUCCACAAUAUCAAAAUUAGGUGGGGUCGAUAUUGUUGUAAAUAAUGCAUCCGUUAUGAACGACCGGUUAUGGGAAUUAGAAGUCGACGUAAAUUUAAACGGCGUAAUCAGGGGGCUCCUCCUGGCCAUGCGCUUCCUCGGCAAGGACAGGGGCGGACCGGGCGGCGUCGUGGUGAACGCGGGCUCCUGCAGCAGCGACCGCCCCUUCGUGUCUCUGCCGGUGUUCACGGCCACCAAGCACGCGGUGGCCGCGCUGACCAGGUCGUACGGCGACCAGUACCACGUUAGACUGACCGGGGUGCGGGUGGUGAGUCUGUGCCCCACACCGACCGAGGCGGCGCUGACCGGGGACCCCAGGAAGCGGAUACUGAGCACCGAGUACGAGCAGGCCUGGCAGAAUGACAUCGCCAACACGGCCAUCAUAAGACCCGAAAGCGUAGCGAAGGCCCUGGUGGACGUGAUUCAAAAGGCUCCAAGCGGAUCGAGUUGGCUGGUCGAAGCAGGCGGCCCCCCACGACAGUUAUCGGUAUUUCCUUAAUAAAUAAAACUUUAUACCAAGAAAAUACCGAUAAAAUUAAAAAUUGUUGUGUUUGAGCGAUAUUUAUCAAAUUGAGCGGGUUUGUUUUGAAUUUGAAAAAUUCAGCUUUUAAAAAAGCCACGUCAUAUAAGUACACUUAAAUUAUAUUCGCUUAGAUUUUUAUAUUUAUUCUAUUUAGUAUGCAU